ACCAUGAACACCUAUCUCUUUGUGUAUGACUUAAUGCAAUUCUGUGGACAUUCCUGGAUAUUUACAAAUAUGAUCAUCAGGUUCAUGUCCUUUGGAAAAGAUUCGGUGGCUGAUACAUUUUACUCCAUAGGACUUGUAAUGCGCCUUUGCCAGUUGUUAUCUGUACUGGAGAUCCUACACAUCCUCAUUGGCAGUGAUAAAAGCCGUCUCUUUCCCAGGUUUUUGCAGAUCACUGAGAGAAUAAUUGUUUUAUUUGUCGUCAUCAACAGUCAGGAAGAAGUUCAAGGGAAAUACGUCGUGUGUGUUUUAUUUUUCCUUUGGAAUUUAUUAGAUGUGGUCAGGUACACUUACAACAUGUUAGCAAGGAUGGGAAUAUAUUACCCACCACUGACAUGGCUCCAUGUCUCACUGUGCAUCCCACUCUAUCCCCUUUCAGUUCUGGCUCAAGCAUUUGCAAUUUGUGUAUCACUGCCUUAUUUUGAAUACUUUGGCACGUACUCCAUCAAGCUACCACUUCCAUUUGCCUUCUCAAUCUACUUCCCCUAUGUUCUGAAAAUGUACCUGCUGGUGCUUUUUAUAGGUAUGUGCUUUAACAUCCAGAACCUCUUCUCCGAAAGGAAGGCACACCUAGGGACAGGCAACAUCGAAAAGAAAAGAAGCUAAGUUGAUACGUUGUUUGGAAAUAAGAAAUAUACUCCCAGUGGUCUGCUGCAUAUCAUAGAUUAAAAAAAAUUAGACAAACAUUUUCAAUGCAAAACUCCUGUUUGCAUGUACAUUAUCUGGUUGUGCAGAAUUUUCAGAAAAGGCAGGUCUCCUAAAUGCACCUCAAAAAUGGAGCAGCUCAAAGUAACUAGUGACUUUUGAAAGCUGUGACUUCAAAUGGCAGUAGUUUUAAAAAUGAAUAUAUUUCUUCUAACAUAUA